UUUUUGUUUUGUUUUGUUUUUACCCAUAUAGAAAAACUCUUUUAUUCCCACUACCUUCAUGAAGUUAAUGCAGGAAGUGUUCAUGGUGAGUCGUCGUAGGUUCAUACGUCCACCAUCACCGUUGCUUCUACAUCCUAUUAGGGUCACUUUUCAUUGUUCUUACAGUACUGACAGCAACCGACAAUCAGACAAGGUCAGCACCAACAACAAUAAUGACAAGAACAACAAUGACAACUUGGCAACGAGCAAGCCACCACCAUAUCAAGAUACAUUUGCAGCAAUACAACAACUUUCUCGAUCACACAUGGAUAAACUGCAACGUGAUUUGCAACCCUGGGUACGAAAAGUACAAGAUACCACCAAUACUUUGAAACGACUUUCUCAUGAUGUUACUGACUCAAAGGAUGCUUUGGACCGUGCUCGUUUGGCAUUGAAUGAACUCACUGGAUACAAUCAAAUUGAACUAGUCAAGAAAAAGGUGACGGACCAAGCAACAGCGUUUGAACAAUCGCGAGAUCAAGUGCAACUAGCAAAGAAACGAUAUGAAGUAGCUAUUUCAACACGAAGUAGCACACAACGAGGAAUCAACGAGCUACUUCAACGGAAGCAUCUAUGGACGGGUGAUGAUGUGACGCAGUUUACAGAACUAUAUCGACUAGAACAUGAACAUGCCAAGGAAGAAACCAUGGCCAAGGAACAUUAUGAACGAGCGGAAAAGCAAAUGGAUCGAGAAUACAUGGCUCUAGUGCGUGCAAUUACGGACCGAUAUCAUGAUGAACAAUUGUGGAGUGAUAAAAUCCGAAGUGUGUCGACCUAUGGUACCUGGGCCUUGAUGGUGCUCAAUCUAAUGCUUUUUGUUGCUGUACAGACUGUAUUUGAACCUCGCAAACGCAAACGUCUGACUGAUGGUUUUGAAGAGCUUUUGGUGGACAAGAUGGCGGAACAAGAACAUACUUUCAGUGCCAUGACUGAUGCUCUGGAACAUACAGAUCAAGUCUUGAUGUCGCAACAACAAAUAUUGGUGGAUCUAUUGAACCAAGUCAAAGAUAUACCUUAUACAGAAGUGAUGGAUUCUCCACCUGAACAAGAAAAUGCUUUGGACCAACAGAUGACUCCUACUUUGACGACUGAUACGCAAGUUCCUUUGGAUACAACUGGACCGACAAUCAACCUCUCACAACGUAGUUUAAUCCUUUAUUCUUUAGAAAGUGCUAUAGCUGGUGGCUUGAUCACGGCUUUAGCUAUGUUUUUGUGGAAAUAGUUUAGUCUUUUUUUUUAUUAUAUAUGUAUUAUUACUAUCCCUCUCAUCAUUAUUGAAUAGAAUAAUAAAAGAAUCUAUAUCCCAAAUUAU